AUCAUCGAACUGUGUCAUUUAUCUUUAGACCACUAUAUAUCUGAAUUCGCUGUUAAAACAACGUUCUUGUGGUGGUUUUGAGUCAGUUCUACCAUCAUGAAUAUAUCGCAUGAAUCGUAUACCAAUGGGAGCCGUGAGAAUACACGGGAAGCUAAAAGCGGGUAUGACUUAGAACUGGUUGGUAUAAAUGACGGGUCGUUUGUGUUAAUGCACUCCCUGGCGAUCACGUGCCUUGGUCUGAGCAUGUUGUCGGCCUUGUGCGUAAUCGUUGCUUCCACACAGGACCGAGGAUUGAGAGGUUUUUUUUCCUGGACAAAAAGCGAACGAUUUGUGUUUUAUAUGGCAUGCACUGAAAUAACGCUUGGCUUAACACACACUUUCGAUCACUCGCAGAUUCUGAUCACUCGGGAUCACGUUCGACCGGAAGAGCUUUGUCAAUUCUUUGCAUUUGUUCUCUACACCUUUGUAUGUGCACAGCUUCUAACAGUCAACAUGAUAGCAAUUACUGUUUUCCGUAUAAUUUAUCUGCAUCAUAAUGUAGAGUACGGCAGAAACGAUUGGAAAUUAUUUUUAUUGAUAUUCGGAUUGCCCAUUUCAUCUGCUGCUGUUUAUGCCUCCACAGGACAGUUUGGAACAAAUGGUACUUUUUGUUUCUUCGACAUUGUAAAUGGAAUUAUAAGCUACGUAAUUGUUGCCAUACUCAUGAUUCUCAUUCUGAUCAUCAACACUGUCCUUUAUGGGCUUACCUUGUUUCGGAUUCGAAAGGACACAAAAGAAACGGAGAAAUCACUCGGACCAAGAAUUGAAGCUACUCACAGAACUCAACGAGCGGCCCGGAAUAUGUUUCUAUUUUUGAUCGUGUAUUUUAUUCAAUGGUUGCCAGCUUCUUUACUAUCUGUUGCUGUCAUCUUUCCAAACCCACCAGAUUUUAUGAUCCAUCUAGUGGUAACGUUCUCUAACAUAGGUGGCGUUUUGAACGGAAUUGUUUAUUAUGUCAUCAGAAGAAGACGGCAUCGGGAUCAAUAGUUGGCAAGUGUUUCAUAAUCAACUGAAACAGCACAGACACAAUUGACAUGAUGGAUGUUAUCUGUAGAAUCUCAUUCUUGAAUUAAUCUACGCAUCAAAAUAAGAUGUAAGGCAACACUGGAGACUUUGACAGGCAUAUUUAAGAGUGUUUGGUUUGGUUUGGUUUUAAUUUUUUAACGACCUAUCACCAGCUAAGGUCAUCUAAGGACGGCGUCUCGUGCGUGCGACAUGUAUGCGUGUGGUGAGUGCGUAUGUGUGUUUUGGGAGGCUGUGGUAUGUUUGUGUCAAG